CAGUCGGGCUGUCCGAGCGGCGCGGCCGUGGAGCACCCAGGAGCCGGCUGUCGCGGGGGUGGCGGGGACGCGAGCGGCGGGCUGCGUGGGGUGCAGGGCAGGCGGCCGCACCGCUUCACCUUCCUCACGGAGCCCGGAGCGGACUUAGAGCGAUUACAGUGAGGCGACAGCCCCGGCGUACACCCGAGAAGAAGCGGCCGUGGCGGCGGUGGCGGCGGCCCCAGCCAUGCUGUGCUAUGUGACGAGGCCGGACGCAGUGCUGAUGGAGGUGGAGGUGGAGGCAAAAGCCAACGGCGAGGACUGUCUCAACCAGGUGUGUCGGCGAUUGGGGAUCAUAGAAGUUGAUUAUUUUGGACUGCAGUUCACCGGCAGCAAAGGUGAAAGCUUAUGGCUGAAUCUGAGAAACCGGAUCUCCCAGCAGAUGGACGGCCUGGCACCUUACCGGCUCAAACUGAGAGUCAAGUUCUUUGUGGAGCCCCAUCUCAUCUUACAGGAGCAGACAAGGCAUAUCUUUUUCUUGCACAUUAAGGAAUCCCUCUUGGCAGGCCACCUCCAGUGCUCCCCAGAGCAGGCGGUGGAGCUUAGCGCCCUCCUGGCCCAGACCAAAUUCGGAGACUACAACCAGAACACAGCCAAGUACAACUAUGAGGACCUGUGUGAGAAGGAACUCUCCAGCGCGACCCUGAACAGCAUUGUUUCGAAGCAUAAGGAGCUGGAGGGCAUCAGCCAGGCUUCUGCAGAGUACCAGGUUCUGCAGGUCGUGUCAGCCAUGGAGAAUUACGGCGUAGAGUGGCAUGCUGUGAGAGACAGCGAAGGACAGAAACUCCUCAUUGGGGUGGGACCGGAAGGCAUCUCCAUUUGUAAAGAUGACUUUAGUCCGAUGAACAGGAUAGCUUAUCCUGUGGUGCAGAUGGCCACCCAGUCAGGAAAGAAUGUCUACUUGACCGUCACCAAGGAGUCUGGGAACAGCAUCGUGCUCCUGUUUAAAAUGAUCAGCACCAGGGCAGCCAGUGGGCUCUACCGAGCCAUCACCGAAACGCACGCGUUCUACAGGUGUGAUACCGUCACCAGUGCCGUCAUGAUGCAGUACAGUCGUGACUUGAAGGGCCACUUGGCAUCUCUCUUUCUCAAUGAGAACAUUAACCUUGGCAAGAAGUAUGUCUUUGAUAUCAAAAGAACAUCCAAGGAGGUAUACGACCACGCCAGGAGGGCUCUGUACAAUGCCGGUGUUGUGGACCUUGUCUCACGAAGUGACCAGAGCCCCCCCAGCUCGCCUCUGAAGUCCUCCGACAGCAGCAUGAGCUGCAGCAGCUGUGAGGGCCUCAGCUGCCAGCAGACCAGAGUGCUCCAGGAGAAGCUGCGCAGGCUGAAGGAGGCCAUGCUGUGCAUGGCGUGCUGCGAGGAGGAGAUCAACUCCACCUUCUGCCCCUGUGGCCACACUGUGUGCUGCGAGAGCUGUGCAGCCCAGCUGCAGUCAUGUCCAGUCUGCAGAUCACGUGUGGAGCAUGUCCAGCAUGUCUACCUGCCAACCCAUACCAGUCUCCUCAAUCUAACAGUCAUCUAAUGAGUCCUGCGCUUACUGGACAGGCCAGGUCCCCAUGAGUCAAUCUGUCAUCUAAUGAGUCCUGCGCUUACUGGACAGGCCAUGUCCCCACGAGCCAAUCUGCCAUCUAAUGAGUCCUGCACCUACUGGACAGGCCAUGUCCCCACGAGUCAAUCUGCCAUCUAAUGAGUCCUGCACCUACUGGACAGGCCAGGUCCCCAUGAGCUGCAGUAUUGUAAACUGUAAGAAUAAAAACCUUGUGAGGAACUAUCUCACUCUCGACACCCAUCUGCCAUGAGACAUUUUCAGACACAAAGAAGAAAAGAGAAGCAAGAGUGCAGCCAUUCCUCUCCCGUGAGUAGAAGCAACAGCCCCAGUGGCAACCAGGAAGAGCUCUGGGACAGACACAUUCCUUCUUGGACUUUGGGUUUUUUUAAUGAUCAAGUAAAGGAGUAGAUAAAAUAGUCUUUGUCAGUUAAGUGGUACCAUAGCCCAACAGUGGGUACCUUUUAGGAAAUGAUGUCAUACGUCUCCUUAACUUCUCCCAAGGCAGCAGAUUUUAUAAGAGUUUUAAAAUUUCCUUGGUUCUUUUUCUAUGGUCAUGGAGCGCUGAACAUUUUUAAUAGGAAUUUUUUCCUUAAAGAAAUAGUCCUUGUUAUAAUGUCAUUUCUGUCUUUAUAACUCAUUCAAGAAUGACUGGAAAGCUAGCAGAUUGAAAAGCAGUCCUGUGACUUCUCAAGGGUUAACAUGUUGUCAGACUGAAACCAGUGUGUCUGAGAGGAAACAGGUAACUCAACGUGGGUGACUUCUUAACCCUUCUUUUCCCACACCCUGCACCCCAUGCCUUUCGGUGAUAAAAUGUUACCAGUUUGGUUAAAUGACUUCCAUGGCAUAGUCAAACACUCCCUGGGCUUUUGAGCUGUUGGAACAUUUGGAGAUUGGAAAGGAAAGUUCACAGACAGACAGACAGACAGGGCAAGAGUGCCAGAGAGGCUCCUGGUGUGCUCAGGUGGUUCUUCACAUCCCCUAAGCACUCACUCCAGCUGCACCCAUGGGUGUCGCCUUGCCUGAAGAUCAAACCUUCUACAGCCUUAUCAUAGGUCUCUAGAUAGUGUCUCCUUUGUGUGUGCGUUUGAUUUCGCUUUGUUCAUGAUGUUUUCUUGUCAAUGCUUCCGUAGUCAUUGCGUUGCCCCUGCCCUGCAUCUUUCAGAGGUGGGGUUAGUUUGUUCUGUUCCCAUAGUCUUAAUCAUAUUUCCACCCCCACUUGGGCAUUUUGGAAGCUAGUGAGCUAGGGGGUUUUCUAGGGUGUCAGGAAACCUAGCUGACCUCAUCGGGUGCAAUACUAGCUAAGUGAAAGCUAGAAACCUACACUGUCACUUUACUGAGAUUUCCGAGUCUACGUUUCAUAUUGCCUUAAUGUAGCAGUAAUGUGUUUAUGCAUUUGUUUCUUUGCACAGACAUUUUGUCAGAUAUUAAAACUCUACUUUUUUAUGGCACAUAUUAGCAUAUAAGCCUUUAUUCCAAGAGGUAUUUAUUUUUUCACUUGUAAAAAAAAAUAAUGUUUCCACAUUAAAAAAAAAAAAAACCAACUCUGUUAUAUCCUAGAGGACUUCUGUCUUUUAUAUUCAGGAUAAUAAAGACUUUAAAGCGAACCGGG